AUGCAUACGGUGCAUUAAUAAUUUUUAUAUGUGCGGUGAUUUAUGGCAUUUUUGAGAAUUAUUAAUUAUUAAUGAGAAAAAUAAAAAAAAGUUAAAUAUCAAGCUUUUAUUUAAUUAUAUUAAUAUCUAUUAUAGUUUGUUUUUAUAAAAGUGAAAUGAAAAUAUGUGCAGAGAAAAUAUGACUAUAUUUAAUAUAUUUAUAGUUUACAAUAGUAAAUAAAUUUUUAUUUGAAAUUUAACAAAUAUAAUGACGCCAUCUAUCGCAAGGAUCGUUUACUAUCGUGUAUGUAUAUACUGAAGUGUUUUGUUAAAACAUUAACGAUUAAAGCAUAUGUACUUUCUUUGAAAAAGAUUUUUAAAAAAAACUACAGAAUCGAAACUACAAAAAUAUGGCUGUCAGAAUAUCGGAAAUUUUUAAUUCUUUCCAGGAUUAUUUAAACAAUGAAGAGGAAUUGCGUGAGGUAUAUAUUAAUAGUAUGUCAUCUAAUCUUCAAAUUAUGUUACUAAGAUAAUGUAAGUGCUAAAUAAUUGCAAUAUUACUUUUAAAAAAUGUUUCUACAAAUUAUUUUGCAAUUUACAACAUAAUUAGUUAUUUUUAUUAAAUACAUAUUUAUUCUCAUGUUUAUUCUGUACAUGUUUUAGGUUAAGAUACACUGUAAUCUUACCAUUAUAAAUUUUUUAAAAUAAUGCAUUUUAAUAUUAAUUAAAGACAUGCUAUAUGAAGAAAAUAUACUAAAAUUUUUUUUUUAUGCCAAAGGAAAUCCGUGCUAUUGUAAGAAAUCUUGAAAAGAGUGCCAGAGACAUUUUGAUGAUAUUACAAAACAUACAUAAUGAAAAUAACAUGGAAGAAAACAUAAUUGUAUCUCAGUAUUGUGCAACAUCAAGAGAAUUAUUUAUAGAUGUACGUAAAAAUUAUGCAAAACUAGCAAAAGUCAUACCGCAAGAUCAAUAUUAUAGAUUUCAUGAACAGUGGCGUUUUGUCACGCAAAAAUUAUGUUUUUUAGCUUCUUUAAUAAUAUAUUUAGAAAUUAAAAUUUUGGUUACUAAAGAAACUGUUGCAGAAAUAUUAGGAGAGUCGUUUUGCUAUAAAUAGCGUUACCAAUGGUGAUUAUAAUCGACCUAUAGAAAUAGCACGAUUUGUAAAUGAUUUAAAUGCAGGCUUUAGAAUUUUAAAUUUGAAAAAUGAUUCUCUAAGGAAACGUUUUGAUGGCUUAAAAUAUGCUGUUAAAAAAGUAGAAGAAGUGGUUUAUGAUCUCAGUAUACGAGGCUUAAAACCAUCUCCAGAUUCAGUUAUUGAAAAAGGAGAAUAAUUACUUUUAAAAAAUAUUUUAUAUAAGUAACAUAUAUCAUCACCCAUAAUAAAUUAUUGAAGCAAUUGUUUUCAUAUUUAUAAAUUAUAACAAUUUCAAAAUUAUUACAUUUUGAUUUGUAACAAAAAAUUUGAUACAAACAUUUAUAAAUAAUUAAAUUAUUUGAAUAUUUAACCUUUUGCACAAUUAAAUAUCGAACAAUAAAUGCACGUGUCGGACAAUCCGUCUGAUUAUUACGAGCUAAAAGUUGAGAAAUUAAUAGCCCUCUUCUAAAUUUGCUAUAUUUAGCAAUUUUUCACCUUUAAUGUAUCUUUGAUAAUUUUGAACGAAAUAGUUUGCAAUAUCUUGUGCACGGCUUACACCUGAAGUGUGUGGUGUAAUCGUAACCUGUGGUAAUGACCACAAUUUACUUUUUCCAGACAAUGGUUCUUCUGCAAACACAUCUAAAAUUGCUCCUAAGAUCCAUUGUUGCUCAAGUGCAUUUAAUAAAUCUGUCUCUUUAAUGAUAGUACCUCGACCUAUAUUGAUAAAAAUACUACCACGAUUUUUACAAUUUUCUAACAUAUUUCCAUUUAAUAAACCUAAAGUACUAGGUGUAGAUGGUAAGACAUUAAUAAUAUAAUCACAGUUUAUUAGCACUUCAGGCAAAUGUUCAAUUGUUCUAUGUUCGUCAAUAUAAUUUAAUCUCUUCUUAAGUGGUGUUCUUGUCAUUCCCCAUAUGGUGGCACCAAACAUUUUUAUUUUUUCUGCAACUUUAAAAUAUUUCCUAACCCUAGAAUACCCACAGAUAAGUCAGAAAUAAGUUUGUAAUCAGAAAUUUUUCCAUCCGUUAUCCAUUCUUUAUUUUCUUGAUUUUGAUACUGCUGUCUUUGAUUACGUUCAAAAUUAAAAAUGUGUGCUAUUACAUAUUCAGACAUAGCUAAAGCAAGACUCUCGUCUGAGAAACGUGUAAGUGUAUAAUUAAUUUUUUUAUCUCUCAGAUUUGAAAUUAGCGAUUCAAUACCAGCCCAUGUUGUUUGUACCCAUUUUACAGAUGGCAAUUUAUCUGUGUAUGGCAAAAACAAAUCACAGUCAGUUACCACUAUAUCUGCAUUUUGUAAUUUUGAUAAUGUAUCACAUUUAUCUGAAAAAACGUCAAAUAUCGUUGAAUUUGGAAGUUUCAUUCGAAGAUGGUAAGAUAACCUCGGAAUCACGGAAAGAAUUGCAAUACUCUGCGCCAUGUCGCAGGAAAAUGAUUACGCGGGAAUAUGAUUUAACUUCAAUUAAAGUUUCUUUUAAUUAAAUAGAAUGUUCAACGAUUAACCUCCGUUAUAAUUGACUUCAAAUAAUUACAAUUAAUACUAUACCAUUAGAUUUGUUGCUUCAAUGUGUUGUAUUUGUUAAUGCAUCUAACCUAAGUUUUUGUUCAAGUGGAAAAGAAUGUAGGUAUUAACGCUUUCUUUCGUUUUAUCUUUUUCCAUGAUUUAAUAGUAUCAUUGUUUUAUCAAGUUUUUCUACUUUAUUCUUUAUUUUAAUAUCUAAAUAUAUUGUUUCAAGAAGUUUUGAUAGUUGGAAUGUUCUUUUGUUUUAUCAAAGAUUGAAAUGCACUCAAAAAAUAUUUAAUUAAACUAAAACAUUAAUUUUAAUAUCAAAAUUGUAAGAAAAAAGAACGUCAUUUAAUAAGUUAAUAAACAAGCAAUUCUAAACUAAUUUCCGAUUCUUGUACUCUGUGAGAAAUUUAAAAUACCUCAAAUGUGUAACGCGUGCGCAAAUUAAAGACAUUUAAAGUACGAAACACAAGUGUACGUGAAAAUUAUAAUAAUAAUAGAGACCCGUAAUUCUAUUAUUACUACUUGUUCUUCCAACUAUACUAUCGAGUAUAAGUUAAUCUCGCAAUUACUAAAUUUUUUACAAAACUUAACGGGAUGAAAAAAAUCUUAACCUAAGGAUUGUUAAAAAAUACAUAUUUUAACCUGUAAACUAAUGUGUAUUCAUCUCCAAUUUUUAGCGAGAAGAUAAAAAGAUCUAUUUAUUUGUGUAGAACGUACAGUGUUAGGUUAAGAAAGCUUUAAAAAAUUUCUACACCAUCGGAUAAUUCUAUCAUGUUGCUGUACGUUUGAAAAAAUUAUCAAAGUGUUUGUACAAUUAUUCAAUUCCAAUGUUUAGACUGAAAUAUGUGUAAAAGAUUCGAUUAAUUUUCCGACGAACAAUGAGUAGUGUGAACGAGGCUUGUAACGAAGAAAAACGCGAAGCGUCCAAUAAACGCUCGUGAGUUGACCGGUGGCGGUAGCAAGCCGAUUCCCGCGCGGCGCACGUCGCAUCGCGGAACUGCUCGAGCUGAACGUGUUAAAUGGCUGUGCGUCGGCCAUGAUGGCUUUGAGCAGGGACCGUGUCACGCAAACAUGUUUUCGAAGUGAUAUAUCUCGUUUGGUGACUGAGUGACCGUGUUCCAGCGCGAUGGCCGGAGAACGAUGAGGCCCUGAGCGCUCUCUGUGCCGGGUAUUACGGCCGCAGGGCCCCUAACCAGGCCCAGUCAGGUUCACGUUCCUUAAGUCCGAGGCCCGAGCCGACCCGACUGGCCUCACGGUUCGACACCAGCCAACUCGGUUGUCAACACGCGAGCCAGCCGCCUCAGGAUGAGCAAGCUGUCGUUCAGGGCCCGUGCCCUGGACGCUUCCAAGCCCAUGCCGAUUUAUAUGGCUGAGGAACUGCCGGAUCUGCCAGAUUACUCGGCCAUUAAUCGUGCUGUGCCCCAAAUGCCCAGCGGCAUGGAAAAGGAGGAGGAAUGUGAACAUCACUUGCAAAGAGCAAUAUGCACGGGUCUAAUCAUUCCUACCCCUGAAGUAACUGAUUUAACAGAUGUGGAAGCUUAUGACAAGAUAUAUCCAGCUGAUUAUAAGCUACCUCGUCAACUUAUACAUAUGCAACCCUUUGCAAUGGAACAAGAUAUUCCAGACUAUGAUAUGGAUUCAGAAGAUGAAAAAUGGGUUGCAGUACAAAGUCGUAAAAUGGACCUGACUCCUCUUCAAUUUGAAGAAAUGAUGGAUCGCUUGGAGAAAAGUUCAGGACAAACUGUAGUUACUCUCAAUGAAGCUAAAGCACUUCUAAAAGAGGAUGAUGAUUUAAUUAUUGCUGUGUUUGAUUACUGGUUGAAUAAACGUCUUAAAACACAACAUCCUCUUCUAUUAACGGUAAAAACAGAACAUCGGUUUGGUUCAGCUGCCAAUAAUCCUUAUUUAGCGUUUAGACGUAGGACGGAAAAAAUGCAAACACGUAAAAAUCGUAAAAAUGACGAAACUAGUUACGAAAAAAUGUUGAAGCUACGUAGAGAUCUUAGUAGAGCAGUUACCCUUCUCGAAAUGGUUAAAAGAAGAGAAAAAACCAAGCGAGAACAUUUACAUCUUACGAUUGAAGUAUAUGAAAAAAGGUAUCAGGCACAAGACUUUAAUGGACAAAUAUUGGCAGAAGUAUCAGCGUUAAAAACACCGAGACCUGCUUUCGCGCCACUAUUUACAAAUCAGUUUGGUGUUCAUCAAAACUGGGCAAAUAAAGUUUGUAGUAAAGACGAUGUGGUACCCAGGAAAGAAAAAAGACAAUACAAGAAACGAAAACAUAAAACUGAUAGCAGAGGAGGGAGUUUGGAAGAUAAUGGUGUACGGGGUGGAACAGGUAGUGGAGGUUGUCGAGGAAAUCGGCCUGGUGUGCUUGGAGGCGGGCUGGACCCGCUACUAAGUUCAGACGAAGAUAGCUCACUUCCAUCUCAUUCACAUCCUCAUUCACAACCCUCUGUUCCAUCGGAUCGCGAUGACGAAGACACCGCUGAUGAGGGUCAAUUCACUUUCCGACGAAAUAGAAAUAGCACUUAUCUACCACCUGUAUCAGGUGGAUUUGGAAAUUGGCCUUGGUGUGAUAAAAGCGAAGGGGGCUUGGCUGAUAAGAAGUAUAGGUUUGCACUGACUAGCAUCAGCAAACCAGUACCAAGAUGUAUUGGUUUUGCACGACGACGAAUUGGUCGAGGUGGCAGAGUAAUAUUGGACCGCUGUUCGACCGAUAUGGAUGAUAUGUGGUCUUCUCUAGACUUCACGAUACAUCAACCAAAACGGGAACCAGUGGAAACUGAUACAACUGCCGCGUCAACAACUCCUAUCAAAAAGGAGUGGUUACACUUUCGACCAAAGACUCCACCUCUGUCAGUGCAUAGUCCAAGUGAAGAAAGUAGUGAUACGGACUCAGAUAUAGAGCCAACAUUGAUUCCAUCGAAACCGCUUCCAUAUCCGUUCCCACCUGAAGCAACAUCUAUCUGUGUGGAAGUAGAGCCUGAACGAGUGGGAGAUGAACCACCCUUUACAUCAGAAUUCAAUAUCGCUGAUUAUUUCUCGGUGGAUACUUUGUCGGACUUUGAUCUUGCCGUGGCGAGUAUCACUGGUAGUGCGUGUAUUAGUGGACUAUCGGAUAAUAACUCUGAUGAUACACGGACAAACGAACUGGGCAGUUCACGUUUCGUUGUGAAACCGCUACUUAGCAGUCUUUUUGCACAGCCUGUAACACAACAGAGUCGGCCUCAGUGCAGUGGUAGUGGUUUUAGUGUUGUAAAUACUUCUACAAGCUCUACAAUCCCGUCGUCUUUCUCGUGUAUAACCAACCAACCCACAACGUCGAGUGUAGUAUCUACGCAAUGCGCAAGUGCUGUUACUGAAACACAGUCUAAACAGCAGCAACACAGACAAUUACCAAACAACAGCAGUCCUGUUUCCAUCCUGUCUAAGUCCUUGACUAGUCCAACGAAUAAUAGGAAUGGCGGCAGCUGUGGCAGUGGUAGUGCUGGAGUCAGAGUGUUUAGUGCAAGUACCACAACUAGUGGAACAAUUACAAACUUUGGCAAUGGACAUCAAAAUGGCCCGUUGCCUCAUAUAAAUAACUCUAAUAAUCUUUCAAAUAGCACUCACGUCGUGAAUAAUCAGUCAACGAUAGUUCUGCCACAAAAACAUCCGCCGUCCAAUCUGCUACCUGGCUUGAUCGCACAGAGCAAAUUGGCGAGUCUCGCAAGGCAGCAACAACAGACGCAAAGUCAGGCGCAACAAAUCCCAACGUCCGGGGAAAUUACGCUUAAUAGUAAUAGUGAAAAUUUGGAUAUGAAGGUGGAUGGAGUGGAAAAUGCGACUUGCGAUGGUAAACCGCAGCAGCAACAGCUUGUACGGGCAAAUAAAACAAAUUCAUUAGCGAUGGAAGUGACAUGAUGCCUGCUAUCGGCACCCCUGUUACCGCCAAUACGUCACUGGGGGCUUCGCUAACUUUACCUUGCCUAUGUCUGUCUACCUUUUGGAGACUGAACAUAUACUACGUGCUCGUUAAUACGAAAAACGGUACGGCUAGAUUCGAUUGCAGAAAUACUCUGAUCAGUUGCCUUUUACGGCGAUGACGGAACAGUGUCGAUUCCAUUGCAAGUACCAAAUUGUUUCGAAAAUAUUUAGACUAUAAUUCAUUUUUCUAAGUCGUUUGUUUCCUUGCUAAUUGAACAAUCACGAUUAUUCGAUGCAGUCACAGUGUUUCAUUAAAUCUUUAUAAAGAGUAGUUCAUUUAUUUUUGGUAUAUUAAAUCUAGUAUUAGUUCCAGACUGUUGUUAUGUUUCUUCAAUUCUUGAUAUAUAAACAUUUCAGAGAGAUGUUUAUAGAUAUAAUAUUAAAAUAAUGUAAUAUACAUAUUUUCUGUUUUUUUAAAAUAAGAAAUAGUUUUGUUCAACGCAAGGGAACUUUUAUAUUUGACAAAAUUACAGUUUCAUUUUUAUUGAAAACUUGGCAGAACUCCUUUCUCAUUUUUUUACUCAUAUGUAAAAAAUGAUACUGUUGAAACAUGAAAUUAUUAAAAUCAUACCACAAGCCUUCUCAAACACAGCAUUAAUUAUUUUUAUUAUAGAAAUAUAAUGAUUUACGUUUGAGUAUUCAACUGAUCAUGAGAAAGUUUGGAAAUAUGUUCGGUUUUCAUAUUUCUAAAAUAAUUUCUAAAAUCUAAAAGAAGAUAAUAAUCAUGACUAAUAUAUCAUAAUAUUGUAAAAGUUUAAUUUUAAAUUAUAUUAUUUUGCAACAUAAAAUCUGAAUUUUUGGCAAAUAGUAUUUCUGUCUAUACAUUGUGGCUGUAAAUUUUAUUUAAAUGAUAUAUACUAAAAAUAGAAUAGACUUCUUAUGAAAAAUGUACAGUAAACUUUUUAUAAAUGUUCUUAAUACAUAUUGUCUAUUUCAACUCUCAAUGAACUCAA